UUUUGAUGAGUCAUUUUCCCCAAAUUGGCUUUAUUAUAUUGUUUGGAUUAUUUACGAUAACCAGGUGAUUCAAAUAGCUGCUGUAAAGCUCCUGCUUGACUGUGCAAUAAGCAAUAUCGUUAUACAGGCAUGAUCAAAGGGAUGUGAAAUGCCUCACACCCCAUGGAUGAUGCAAGAUGACUGAGUCAGCUGGUAUAUCCUUUGUGGCACCCAUUGUUUGUCUGCUCCAUUUAAUUGCUUUAGUGGCAUCCAUACCAUGUUACCAUGGUAAUGCAACAUCAGUGUGCGUGGUUGUUGAGACGCCAGUUUGCAUGACAGCUGAGGUGACAUUCAACUAUACUUCCCAAGUGUUUACCAACAGCACAUACAACCAGUCGGUAAUACAGGAGCAGCUGAAGUACUGGGAACAUUUGAGACUGGUUCCUGAGUGCUGGAAGCUUAUUCAACCCUUUCUGUGCUCAGUCUACCUGCCGAAAUGCGAAAAUGACAAACAAGAGGUUGAGCGGCCAAACAAAGAGUUGUGUGAACGGGUGAAAACCCCGUGCGAAGUGGUAAAGAGAUACAAUGGAAAGUGGCCGUGGUUUUUAGACUGUGAUCAAUGGUUCUAUGCAGAAAGUUGUGGGCAAACCUUCUAUGAGACCACAACAUUCGAUACGGAAGGUGAAUGCAGUGGUCCCCUCACAAAGACUGACAAUGAGGCCAUAUGGUAUGACAAGAUCAAGGGGUGUGGUCAGCAAUGUGAGAGCGCCCUCUACACCACAUCAGAACACCUGGUUACCUACAUUCUGAUCGCUAUCAUGGCAGCUGUGUGCCUUCUCUGCUCCAUUUUUACACUGCUGACGUUUGUUCUGAACUGGAAAGUGGGGCGCAAAUACCCAGAAGUGAUUCUCUUCUACAUUAACGGCUGCUUCUGCCUAGCAACCAUUGGCUGGCUCGUGCGUUACAUCGUUGGAAAGGACGUGGUGUGUCGAAUGGAUGGUACUGUCCGGAAAGGAGAGCCGCUGAUUGGUUCUGGUGAGACAGCCUCCUGUACAAUCGUGUUCCUGUUUGUGUACUACUUCACCAUGGCUGCGGCCACCUGGUAUGUCAUGCUGGCCAUCAGCUGGGACAUCAAAUUCAAGGCCCUAGGUACGGCAAGGAAUGACCUGACCAAGAAGACAGCUUAUUUCCACAUCAUCAGCUGGUGCCUCCCACUUGUUCUCACCAUUAUAUGCUUGUCAACGUCCGUGAUUGAUGCUGACUCUCUGAGUGGGGUUUGCUACCCGGGUUCCAACAAUGUCUGGGUUAGAUUUGGCUACGUUCUGGUUCCAAUACUGAUAGCCCUAAUUGUGGGAGCUGUUUACUCCAUUAGAGGACUCAAGACGUUAAUAGAGUUUAAGAAAGAAUCUCCACCCUUUGUUGGUCAAAAAGCUACUUCAAAAAUACAUGAUACAAUUAUUCGAUUAGGCAUUUUUGUUGCACUGACAUUCAUACUGGUGGUUUUGACAUUGAGUGUGCACGUGUACAAGUUUGUGAACACUCAGACCUGGGAUGACAGUCUACUGCAGUACACAUAUUGCAAAGCAAACGUCUCAGUGAUCCAGAUCAUGGAUGGUGCAGCUGAAAGCUCCUGUGUUAUGAAGACUAAGCCAAGCAUAGUGGCAGCCAUAUUUAAUUUUGGUGCAUUUUUUGGCGCCAGUAUGCUGUUCAGCUCUUGGUCGUGGACAAGGACUUCUGUUGACGUCUGGAGGAGAGCGUUUAGACGACUGUGCAACAAACCAGUCAAUGAGCCUCAGACGACGAGGAAACACAGGAUUGUAGCAAGACGCUCCAAGCGACAGAAGCAGAGACAGAAUGAGCGCCUGUCGAUCAAUUACGGGACUGAUCCCAAUGAUCCUGUUGGACUGAGGUUUGACCGCAGCAGUGCCAGCUCCCAUUCCAUGUCAUCAGGCUAUACGGUAUCCAUACCGAAACAUGGCCGCAGAACGAGGGACGUCAAGAAUAUGCACCAUCAUCGCUCACGCAGGGCCACAUCCGACUCAGAUGGAAUGUCACAAGGUUCACGAAAAGGGUCAUCCAAGGCAUCCCAUCGCAGGUCGUAUGAGUCAAGUAUGAGCCAGAAACUAAGUGAUAUUGAAAGAGAAAUUCGGGAGGAGGAGCGUCGUAAGAGGAGAAAAAGAAAAGGUGAUAGGCGGAAAAAAUUUAAUUCGCGGGUUCAGCCAAUUUUUGAGCCAAUAUCAAAUAAUGUGCUGAAAAUGAAUUCCUAUCAAAUGAAAAAUUUUAUGAACAGAAGAAGACGUAAGAGUGAUUCUUCUGAUAUAAGUAUGGGUUCUGGGCUAAAUGGUUUUCCUUUUGGCCCUAAUAAAAAUCACCAAGAUGUUCAGAGCAACGGACACAUGCAAUCAAAUAUUUCUGAGUCAAAUAGCAUUUCAGAAAUUGAGCUACCUCAAGCCCAACCUAAGCUGCCAGAUUUUUCUAUUUUCACUGCCAAAUGCGAACUGCCUUCUUCAGAAAACAUGAAAACGGAUACCAAUAUAAAGUCAAAUUAUGAACAAGUAAAGGGGGACAAUUCAACAUCCAACACUGCCAAUUUCAAAGGAGCUAAUCCCUCUCCAAGUGGUAGCUUUAGAAGAGGCCGUCGUCGGGAGGUGAAACUUGAAAUGACGGAAACCAGUUUUUACCAGGAAGACGAGGACAAAAUUGAAAUGGGAGGUAAUCAGGUCAUUCAUGCUGAAGAGAACUGCCAAGAAACAGGGGAGGUCACCAAUCUGCAGGAGUUAGGUCCCUUGGUGAAUGAAAUAUUUGCACAAGCUAGAGCCAGUGCAGGUGCUGGAAGAAAUUCGGGGCAGAAAGAUGUAAUGGGCAGUAGUAGACUAGGGUCUGCAUCGAGCAGGGGUAGUAAAGGAAGCCAAGGAAAUGCGAGGGACUUCAAGUAUGCGAAUACAAAAGUUAACCUCCCUCCUGAGGUACCUAGAAAUGACACAGAAAAGGCCUCAAGAAAGAGACCAUUCUCUGGUGACUAUGUGUUGACUGCAAAACGCAAUACAGCGAAGAGAGAGCAUGAAACACGGAAAUCCCAGUCUCAGCCAAACAGCAGAGUGUCUUCUGCAACUUCAAAUCAUAAACGACAGAUUGGGCAUAAUGGAAAAAUGAACUUUUAUGAUGGUCAAAGUUGGUCGCGGUUUUUAAACAACAAAGGAUAUUGUGCCGGUGAUUUUUUUGGUCCUAUAGGUAACCAACCUGAUGUGGUAACAAACUAUCACUCAAAUAGCUUUUUUUCCUCUCCUGCCAAUUAUUUUCAAUUGAAUCCUAUAGACUUUUAUCCUGCACAUCAGGGUCCCUUCCCUGGUCAGUUGCAGUUAACAGAGAAAGGUCAUGCCAUAUCUAAUGGACACUCAGAAAGUAUCAGUGGAUGUGGAGCCAGUACUGGCUUCAAUCUAGCCGAUAAAAGUACAUUUGGUGAUAAACCGCAAUACUCACCAAGACCUUACACUAACCCAUACAGAAAUCUCGAACACCAAGCUGCAGCUAUGGAUAAGGAAUCUAAUUUGCAAGCGACUAUAGACCUUCCAGAAGUUACUAAUGCUGGUAAACAAUAUGUGGGCAAAAGACCUAAUAUAAAGGAAAAAAGAAAGUACCAAGACCUAGCUGAAGGUGAUGUGUUAGGAAAUGAGCCUGAUGUACCGUUUGCAAUCACUUCUGGGAAUAGUUCUAGUGCUGAUCAAUGUUAUAUUCCGAGACCUUAUACAAAUCCAUACAGAAAACAGGGUGAUCCUACCCUUCAUGAGGAUGUGUCUAAAAUACCAGGUGUAGAAAGGACAGAUAAUAAAGAUAUCAAUAGAACAACGGAGGUUAAUGUCUUGAAUAUUGAGCAGGAGCAAAAGGAAGAAAUGCUCAACCAGAGGCCUUACACGAAUCCAUACCGAAAGCAUAGGGGCCCGUCAUUAGAGAAUUCUGACAUUUUUGACAAUCCAGAGCGUAUAGAAGUGACUGCAGAAGUGCAUAGAUGGUCGGCGAUGAAUGAUGAGACUGUUGAUAUUCUGAAUGUGGAAGCAGAACACUGUAUGCAUUGUGGAGCCGAUAAAAAUCGUCCUGAAAAUGUUGACAUUCUUGAUAUAGCUGCUGAGCAGAUGGCAUUAAGUGCCGAUACCAAGAAAUGUGUGCAAAAUGAUCUCGCUUGUGUUGGUUGUAAGACUAAGUGUGCAGAAAAUAAUAAGGGAUCUAAGUUUACUAGUGGUAAUAAUUUUGUAAUUGAAUCAACAGUGAAGGAAAACCAAAAUGUUGUAGAAGGUCUGGAUGAUAAGAAAGCUUUAAAGAAUAAACGUGACCGAAUUGAUAAACAGUCCUUGGAUUAUGCCAGUGAAAAGCAAGAAAAAUUGCAUGAAAAUCAUGCUAAAGUUGGAAACAAAAAGGAUACGAAACAAAAAAUUAGUGAAACAAGUUCACCAAGACCAAAAACUCCCAAAUCAAAGUUGCCAAAUGCCGAAGAAGUAAAUAAUGUCAGUGAUAAUUGUGAAAUAAUAAAAGCAUCAAGUCCCUCCAAAGGGUUGUGUGAAAGUCCUAAUAAAACUUAUAUUUCUCCUAGGACGAAAGGCCUAGAAACAGAACGAAACGCUUUCAAUGUGGCAAAAGUGAAUGCUCUUAAAAAAGAGGCAAAAGAGAAGGUAAGUGCAUUUGAUGGAUCUGGGUCAAAAGGGAAACAAAUUUUAACAAAUCAUGCUUUUAAAGAUGCCAUAAGCAACGGAGCCUUAGUGUUGACCAAAGGCCAUAAAGGUACAGGGUUAUUUACAUUUAAUAAAAGUAAACUGGAUAAUUUGCCAGUUGCAUCAAAGUCAAAACAAAAGCCUCCAAUUAAGGAGGACAAUCUUAAAGGCAAAGUUAAGCAAAUAGCGCAGGAUAAUGACGUUAAAAUGAACGGUGAUACUCAACCUGUGAAUCCUAGAAGUGACCAAGUGAUUCAAGGAGCUAAUGGUGCUACCAGAGAAACUAAGGCUAAGGGAAUAUUGACAGGUCCCAUAAAUCCACCACUGAAAACGUUUCCAGAGUCAGAUCAACGGGAUAAAGCAAUGCAUGUACCAAUAUCUGAGGAAGGACAAGAGCGGAAGAAUGUUCUUCUGCCUCCAAGACGACGAUUGGGAUCUCAAGGGUCUGGGUCAACGAGUUCAAGGUCAACAAGUGCAAUUACGAGGUCAUCGGGUACAAGCCGUAAUGAUAACAGUGACAGUUUCACUACUCAGAACUCUGGCAACUUGAAAUUGGGAUUAAACAAUGAGAACUUUAAACCUCCACCAAAGGAAAAGAAUGCAGCAAAAUCAAAGCCGCCUCCCGAGCGUUCGGUAGGAAUGUUUGACUUCCUGGAAUGUGAUGACUUUGAUUCAGAGUACGAUGAUGUUUCUACCGACAAUCUGACGGACACUUACACAUGUACAGACAACGAUGAUGAUUUGACAGAAGUGUCUUCACUUCCGUGUUGAUUUGACCUUUGCAGUUGGUUUUUACAGUUCAGUCAUGUAAUUCAAACAAUGUUUCCUAUAUUCAAUUAGUAUGAUUACCUGACACACCCUGUGUUCUAUAAUAAAUGUGCCUUUAAAUGUGCACAUAAAUAUUACUACUUGUAGAAUAUAUUGUUGUUUUUAAAAACUGUCUUGUUAUAUGCUCACCUUAGCACAGCGUGCUCAUGUUCAGCUAUUUUGCAUACCAUUUUGUCCGUCAACCGUCUCUCUGUGCGUGCGUCGGAGAAAUUUUUCUUCGACGUAUUCAAAUUAUGGGUAGAAUAUGACACAAAUUCACAGACAUUAUCCUUAGGUGGUCCUCUAUAAAAUUGUUCAAAUUAUUUAGGAUUGUUGAUAUAUAAGGUCACGGGCCUUCAAAAUAACAUGAAAAUGAAAAUCUAAAAGCACACGACCCCAUGGGUUAAAUAUUUGCUAUGUAGCAUUCUAUUAUUGUCACUACAAAGUUUGUUCAAAUGAUGCCACUGGGUUCAAAACUGUCUGCGCACCACGUUUACUUAGGACUUGUGAAGUGAAUAGCUUUUAAAAUGUUUUCUAAAACUGCAAAGCCAAAGGCUUUCAUAUUUAGUAUAAAGCAUAACAGUUUGUUCAAAUGAUUCCCCAUGGGUCUUGUCUGGUGAACCAGUUUUACAUAGCUGUAUAUGUGGAAAAAUAUAUACGUUAACAAUCUCCUUGUCUAAAAUCAUUAAGCCCAUGGCUUUCAUAACUAUUAUAUGGCUGCAGGCAUCAUCCAGAGGUCCUCUACAAAGUUUCGCAAAUUAUGACUCGGGGAAUCAAAACUGGCAUAAACUCAGUGGUCAUCAGUUUUGCAUAUACAUAUGUAGGGAAUGCCUUUACAAUCUUCUGGUCAUAAAUCACAAAGGACAGGGUUUUAUAUACUGGUUUGUAGCAUCCUCUAGACGG